AUGACUACAUCCAAACAACUUUUCGUGGUCGCUUUGCUUCUAGCAACCUGUCUUUUCGCUUUAUCUGACGCAGUACCCCAUCCAAUUCCUGAACCCGAACCAUUCUUUGACGACGGUGAAUACACCAUAAAACACAAUGGACGACUCUACCAAUGUUCUUGCCCGGCAUAG